GGGGGUGACGUAACUGGUGGGAAACUGCGCCUGCGCGUUGACAGUAACUGCUUUAAUCCAGAGCGCGUGCGCCUUUCACCGCUAUCCCAUUGAAAAAAGUUUGCUCAGUGAAUUAAAUGGUCCAAACUUGGGAGAAAUUACUUCCUCGGAGAUAACGCGGUGGAAACAUGACAUCUGCACCGCAUAAUUUUUCCUGGAUUGUCCCAACUAAAUUGGCUGGAAUGGCCUUGCCACAUUUACCUAUCCAUUAUCAGUAUUUGAGCGAAAAUGGCAUUCAACAUCUAGUUACACUUUGCGAAAGUAUGCCACCAUACCAUGAUACCUGCCCAGCAGUGAAAAUUCACCAUAUCAAGAUCCGUGACUUUUGCGCACCUUCUUUUGAACAAAUCAAAAGAUUUAUUUCAAUUGUUGAAGAAGCCAAUGCAAAGGGUGAAGGAGUUGGAGUCCAUUGUCAUCAUGGUUUUGGGAGAACUGGAACAAUGCUUGCCUGUUAUCUUGUAAAAAGCAGGAACAUAACUGGCGUUGAUGCAAUUGAAGAAAUACGAAGAAUUCGGCAUGGUUCAAUAGAAACCCGCGAACAAGAAGAAAUAAUUGUACAAUUUCACUAUCAUAUAAAAUAAGAAUUUCUCAUUACCAGCUAAUUAUUUUUCUCUCUCUGUCAACCUAGUUAUUUUAAAGCAUGGAAAUCUUCAACCCAAGAAUCUGCUACAGCUUGGACAUUUCUAGGAUGCUUGAUUACCUUUAUCUAUAUAGAGUAUCGGGGUUUCUUUAUUAGUUUCCUGUUGAGUUUCUCGGCAAAAAUUACUUAUUUUUGUGCUAUAUGCGAAUAAUCUGAUACAUUGACUGGCUGCUUAAUUUUUACGUUAGAAUUUUCUGCGCAUUUGUAAUUUGGCAUUCUAACCUCUGAUGAUAUUUGUUGCUUCCGUGCAGUUAUAAGAAUAAAGGCGUUCUAUGAUUAUGACAAUGUAUACAUUAAAUCUCUGUAAAUGUUUUGGUGGUCCAGCAGUUGAUUAAGCAAGCAGGGAUAGUUAGCUUCCAAAGGAGAUAAUUAAAUAUACUUUGCUGAACUCUGAAUAUUUUAAAUGGAUUAUUUUUUUGUAUAUUUCUCUUUGUAGAAUUUACAGGGUAAAUUAAAGAAUAACAACAUUUCA